UGAUCCAGCCCUUAUCCUGACUGGUGUCAGUCCCAGGCCUCCUUUCUCAGAACACAACCUCAAGGGCAAGCAGCUCCACCUGGUCCUGGUUCCCUGAGGGUAGAGUUUCUUUCCCUAGUUGACCUCUAGCUUUAGACAGGUAUUUUCUAAUUAGCAGAGAUUAAGCAAGGUUUACAUUUGUUUUUUCCCACCAUCUUGAGAAACUGACCUCAGUUCUGUCCUUUUCGCAAUUACCCAGGCUUCCCAAACAGUGGUGAGUGGCUGGUAAAAGGGAUUCUCCUCCUUGCUAACUUCCCCUCUGCAGAGAAUCUUGUGAUAAGCUAGUCCUUAAGAGGAGUAUUCCAUACCCUGCUGGUGUAUUGGGGCAGAUAAAAGAGCAAACCUGCCCUCACCAGUUUUCCCUUGUUUGGUUUCAGCCAUUUUAAAUCUAUUAGAGAAAAUUUCAAAUAUAAAGAGAAGUGACAAGAUAUAUGUAAUGAACCCUCAUUCAACUUAAGUUAUCAACUCAUGGCCAGUUUCUUAUCAAAAUGAUCUGUGUUCAAAAUCCAAGAGUCCUGUGGUUUGUUUUUGUUUUUGUUUUUUUUUUUGCAACUUGCAUCAGGAUCUAAACAAGGUCCGUUGUGGUCAGUGAAUCUUUUUAAAUCAUAUAAACCACAGGUUCCCUGUCAGCUCUUGCAGUGUUGUUGAAGAAAGCAUAGUUUGUAGUCCCCCCCCCCCAAAAAUUCCUCUUUCUCUCUGUUGCCUAUAAAAUGGUUGUUAGCUCUAGGAGCUUAACUUUUAAACUUCAAAUAGCAGGACUGAUCCUUCGCAAUGGCAAAGGAUGAUGGAUCUUAGGUGAAAAUUUUACAGCCAGGUUGGAAGAAUAUUCACAUUAAAUGUAAAGCAGCAUCAUUUGAGGGAAAUAGUCUUAACUUCUGAGGAAAUCAGUGAGAGGAAGUAGCUUUUUACAGUCAUUUACUGAGCUUCCUGAUGGAGAGCAGUACGCUUUGGGUGUAGGUAGGGAAUAAAUACCAUUGAAUUUGCACAGCCUGUUGUCGAUCUGGUUUUCUUGCCCUUUGGUGGAGAGAGAUCUUGUGCCCUGUGGUGAGGUUAGGACCGAGUGAAAAUAAUUCGCGUAGUACUGCUGAGCUGUCAGGUGAGAGAACGGAAUGCUGGUCCUGGGCGGGCUGGCCACCGGGCUGAUACCAGAAGCCCGUAGGACCUGGGGACCGGAACAAAACCUGUGGGCUGUACAUUACUGUGCAGGGACUUCUGAAAGCUCGGGGACGAGUGAGUCAGCAAACCUCUCGGUGGGCUCCAAAAUGGACCCGGCUGGGCGCGCUGCGGUAGACGCGCCUCAGGGGAAUGCAGAGACUCGGGCGAGGCCCGCGUACAUUAUCAACCCCUCGUCUGUCAGAAGGUUCCCUCCCACCGGACCAUCGGUGUCUCGAGUCCAGAUAAACCGCGAGCUUCCCUGCACCCUACCCCGCCGCCUCCCGUAGCUCCACCUCCCAGAAGGCAGCGAGAACCGCACAUGUGGCUAAUUUUUCAGUGGAAACGGCGUUGCGCAAGCGCAGAGAGAGCAGUUCUAGCGUAGACUCUGAGCGGCGCUUGCGCACGGUUCCUCCAUCCCAGAUCACCUAGUCCACCGGAUUCCGAGUGCUGUGCGCUUUUCUUACGUCACUACUAGGCAUGCGCUUUGGGAGGAGGGGUGAGCUUUUGGGAGACCGGCCGGAGGCGGGUCUUGGCUGAGGUCUAACGGCGCCUGCGCGGACGGGAGCCCUACUGGAACAUGGCGACUUGCGCUGAAAUCCUGCGGAGCGAGUUCCCUGAAAUUGACGGACAGGUCUUCGACUACGUGACGGGCGUCUUGCACAGCGGCAGCGCGGACUUCGAGUCUGUGGAUGACCUGGUGGAAGCAGUGGGGGAACUGUUGCAGGAGGUGUCCGGGGACAGCAAGGAUGACGCGGGCAUCAGGGCUGUGUGCCAGCGCAUGUACAACACUCUGCGCCUGGCUGAGCCACAGACCCAGGGAAACAGCCAGGUGCUACUAGACGCCCCCAUCCAGUUGUCAAAGAUAACAGAAAACUACGACUGUGGCACCAAACUUCCAGGACUGCUAAAGAGGGAACAGUCCUCGACAGUGAAUGCAAAGAAGCUAGAGAAGGCUGAGGCUCGACUGAAGGCAAAGCAGGAGAAGCGCUCAGAGAAGGACACACUCAAGACCAGCAGCCCUCUAGUCUUGGAGGAGGCAUCAGCCAGCCAGGCAGGCAGCAGAAAGGAGAGUCGGUUGGAAUCAUCUGGCAAGAACAAAUCCUAUGAUGUUCGAAUUGAGAACUUUGAUGUGUCUUUUGGCGAUAGGGUACUGUUGGCUGGAGCAGAUGUGAACCUGGCAUGGGGCCGCCGCUAUGGACUGGUGGGCCGAAAUGGGCUGGGGAAGACAACACUCCUGAAGAUGUUGGCCACUCGGAGCCUGCGGGUUCCAGCCCACAUUUCCCUGCUGCACGUGGAGCAGGAGGUUGCUGGAGAUGACACCCCUGCCCUUCAGAGUGUGCUAGAGAGUGACACCGUGAGAGAGGACCUUCUGCGGAGGGAGCGGGAGCUCAGCGCCCAGAUUGCCACUGGCAGGGCUGAGGGCUCAGAAGCUGCACAGUUGGCAGAAAUAUAUGCCAAACUGGAGGAGAUUGAGGCCGACAAGGCACCUGCCAGGGCAUCAGUCAUUCUUGCUGGGCUUGGCUUUACCCCUAAAAUGCAGCAGCAGCCCACCCGGGAGUUCUCAGGUGGUUGGAGGAUGAGACUGGCCCUGGCCCGGGCCCUGUUUGCUAGGCCAGAUCUUCUGCUGUUGGAUGAACCCACAAACAUGCUGGAUGUAAGGGCCAUCCUGUGGCUGGAGAAUUACCUGCAAACAUGGCCCUCUACAAUCCUGGUUGUCUCCCAUGACCGCAACUUCCUGAAUGCCAUAGCCACAGACAUCAUCCACCUGCAUAGCCAGCGGCUAGAUGGCUACCGGGGAGACUUUGAGACCUUCAUCAAGAGCAAGCAAGAGCGGCUGCUCAACCAGCAGCGUGAAUAUGAGGCACAACAGCAGUAUCGCCAGCAUAUCCAGGUUUUCAUUGACCGAUUUCGCUACAAUGCCAACAGAGCUUCUCAAGUGCAGAGUAAACUCAAGAUGCUGGAGAAGCUACCGGAGCUGAAACCUGUGGACAAGGAGUUGGAGGUGGUGAUGAAGUUCCCUGAUGGGUUUGAGAAGUUCUCACCACCAGUUCUACAACUAGAUGAGGUGGAUUUCUACUAUGAUCCUAAGCAUGUCGUCUUCAGCCGUCUAUCCGUCUCUGCUGAUCUCGAGUCCCGCAUUUGUGUGGUUGGGGAGAAUGGUGCUGGUAAGUCUACCAUGCUGAAGCUGCUUAUGGGGGACCUGGCCCCUGUCCGGGGCAUCAGACAUGCUCACAGGAAUCUGAAGAUUGGCUAUUUCAGCCAGCACCAUGUGGAGCAGCUGGACCUGAAUGUCAGUGCCGUGGAACUGCUGGCACGCAAGUUUCCCGGGCGGCCUGAGGAGGAGUAUCGUCACCAGCUGGGCCGGUAUGGCAUCUCUGGAGAACUGGCCGUGCGCCCUGUUGCCAGCUUGUCUGGGGGCCAGAAGAGUCGGGUAGCCUUUGCUCAGAUGACCAUGCCCUGCCCCAACUUCUACAUUCUGGAUGAACCCACAAACCACCUGGAUAUGGAGACGAUUGAGGCUCUGGGCCGUGCUCUCAACAAUUUCAGGGGCGGUGUGAUAUUGGUAUCCCAUGAUGAGCGCUUCAUCCGGUUGGUGUGCCGGGAGUUGUGGGUGUGCGAAGGCGGCGGCGUCACCCGGGUCGAGGGGGGGUUUGACCAGUACCGCGCCCUUCUCCAGGAACAGUUCCGCCGUGAGGGCUUCCUUUAGGGUCACCAGGCCGAGGACUGUGCCCAGGAUAUGGACUGGUCUCUCAGACCCCUGGGCCGCGAUAUAGGCAACCAUCUCCAGGCCACGGACUUCCCCCAACUUUGGGGACAGCCUUAUUUCCAAAUCUCCUUUUAACUGGAGCAUCCUCUGCAUAACCCAGGGAGCCCCAUCUAAGUGUCUGUGAGGACUGGUCUUCAAGGGAAGGGGUGGGGGUGCCCUCUGGUUAUAGAUCCCCCCAACUGCCCCAGCUCUGACUGGGCCCCAAAUGGCUGCUGUGUAAAUUAAAUGUCCCCCUGCAUCUCCCUGGCUUCAUCUCUGCUGCUCAUUGGCAGGGCUGCAGCACUUGCACAGUGUUAAGGGGCGUGGGCUCUGAGGUUUAGGCUUUUCCUGUAACACUUAUAUCAGUCACAUGGCCAGGUCCAUGGCAGCACCAGUCUUGCUCUGGAAGGAGGUGUCAUUAAAGCCACUGGGGCUCAGAGAUCACCUGCCUUACUUUGGGUGGCCUGAGCUGGUGGAAUGAAGGGCAGUGUAUUACAUCACUGGGGUAUACUAUUCCCUAUAGCCUGGGCUCAGCUGCAGCAGAAGGGGGCUUGGUUUGUGCUGCCUCAGUCCCACUGCUUGGAGGAGUGAACUGAUUCUGUAACCUGGCCUCCAGCAUGGUUUGUCAACUGCUUACGCCUGUGGUCUCUGACUUAGGCUCACCUUGCUUCUCUGAUCCUCGGCUGGAGCUGAAGAGAAACCGAGAAACUAUCUUUGUCCCAUUUUACUUGGGUGGCUUCAUGUUCUUUAUUUUCCUUCGAACUAUGUAGGGGGGGCCUGGGAAGUAGGGAAUUGAGAAUGGGGUCGAAUGGGAAGAAACAGCACUUUGUUUUUAAAUCAAGGAAUCUCAGGAGAGCAGUUGUUUAACAGAGUAGUAGCUCUUAUAAAUAUUGUUUCUUGAGGACUCCACUUCUAUAUGUAAUUGUUAGAAGACACUAAAAUAGGAACCUUGCCUUCCUCAAAGACAACAGAGAAACCAGAAUCAACAGAAGGAACUUGCUGGCUUCAUGGGAAAUUGUAGUCACAGGGGUCAACCUAAGAUUUGUAGCCCCCUGAGGCUGUUGUGGUAUGUAGGUAGCUGGGGGAAAGAGGCUCUUUUGGAGGAAAGGAGAAUGAAAUCAAGAAGGCUCUGUUCACUACACAGCAGGUGCUGAUAGACUGAGGAAGCUGGCCAAAGGGCCACUAGUCAGCCAGCCUCCUCAGCCUCCCUCCCUCUUAGAAGUCCAGAGGUGUUCCAGCCACUUCUGUGUACCAUUGAAGUCACGAGGGUCUUCUCAUGGUCCCCCCCACACUCCUCACCCUCAGGCCUGCAGGUGUGCCAGUUUGGGGGCCAUGUGGUGUAGUUUCUGUGCCUGCCUUUUUGGCCAGGCUCUCAGCCCCUUCACCCCUCACUAAUUUGUGAAUCCCUGUAGGAGUCCUCAAUUUCUCAGUCGGUGAGAAUGCAACUGAAGGGUUCUGUGACACAGAGUCUGCUUCUUUGGAUGUGACUUUGUGUACAAAGAGCAAAGGCAUUGGAGUAGGGCCUGAAGUCAAGUCCCAGCUCCAUCCCCAGUAGUAGAAGGGGCCACUAGUAUUAGCUGGGUAAUCACAGCACAUCACAACCUUUUUGAACACCUUCCUACGUGGUUUCUUUAUAGGGUUGUUGUGAGGUUUAGAUGGCAAGCACAUAACAUAUAAGUCCUCAGAAAGCAAUUCUUGGGUGAGCGGUCUAUGAUUUAAAGACUAUUAUUAUUAUUUGAGGAAAGAGGAAAUUUUUCUCUUGAGUGGCUCCAGAGGUGGACCAAUUUGGGCUCAAAGGAAAGAAAACUUUUAAAUAGGCUGCUUUCUGGGAGUGAGUUCCCAGAGACUGUUCAGCCCUGCCAGGCUACGGAGAAGGGCUCUGAGGGGGAAGCCAGCACUAGAUGGCCUCCAGACUGGCUUCCAGUUUAUGAUUCCAUGAAAGAAAUGUGAAUGAAGAGCUUUUAUAUAUGACAAUAUAAGUCUAUGCUGCAGGACUUGAGAAAGACGGCAUGAAUGAAUUGCAGGAGGUGAGAAAGAUCCCAGGAUAAGUGUGUAUGGUGAAUUUCUGGAAGUUAGGGGAGGUGAGUUGGCAGGAGAUGGUGGUCUUCAGGGAUGGAAAAUGGCAGCAAAAUCAGCCAUCUCCACUCCACAGGGCAAAGGGGAAAGUGACCCAAAAAACUGCCCUUGAUCACUCCAGACGGCCCAAUACAGCAGUCUACCCUUCUAUGCUGUGGAGACCCUAUCUAACCCCAGCCAUUGGAAAGCUGGUCCUUCCCACAGCUACUGAUGCUGGAGCUGCCCUGCCGACAUCAGGCCUUUAAAGCAGUCCAGAGCCAGCCGGGUUGAAAGACCUCAGUCUGCAAGGUCUUCUUUGAAACGCUGGCCUCCCCGCUUCUGCUGGCCUUACCAUACUCACCAGUGCCUUCCCAGACAACCUGGUUGGUCGCCGGUGGACAAGGGUGCAGUGGGUCUCUGCACCAAUCUACACGACCCUCAAAGAUGCCAGCCACAGAAUCGUUUAUUCCAAUGUGAUAUUGCUGUCUUGAGAUUUGUUAGACCUAGACAUUUUACUGAGCUUUCCAGGUAAAUGUUAGCACAGAAUAGGAGAGAAGGUACCAUUUACCCUGCCUGGCCAUGCCCCAGCCUGAUGUGUCGUUUGGGUACAGAACAUCUUACUAGGAACCGCUCCCCAGGCCUGGGUCUGGUCCAUCCACAGAUGCAAACCAAACAACACCCCUGCCAGCAUCAGAGCACUGUCACUGCAUCAGCGGGAGCCCGCAGACUGGAUGACUGAAGGGUUGGGAGGGUUUUUCAAACCUGGGGUGAUGGACUCUGCUUCAACGCCGCCCUCUUCCAAGUGGGCUUCAUUGGCACUGUGUGCUUCCCCCAUUAUAAGCUGUAUGCCGAUAAGAUCGUAGUUCUGGUUUGCCUUGAUAUCCUUGAAGGCCAGGCCACGGCUUGCUCAUCUUUGCAUCUCCUGUGCCUGUCACAGGUUUGCUUCCCUGGAAAGCAGCUUGAGAUCAGUUGAGCAGAGGGAGAAGCCGAGCAGUGAUGCAGGCCCAGGAAAGGCUCAGCCAAGCCCACAUUCUGGAGUUGGGAUAGCCCUGCAGAGUUGGUCUAAGCUGAGGCAAUGGGUUCAGCCUUUAUUCUGCUGAGUGAUUAGUCUUUAGGUGCCAGCUGCUACCAGAACGAGGCGUGACCUUCGGAAAGGUUUUCUUCAGCUGAGGCAAUCCUCCUCAGGGGCUGACAAGUGAGGGCUUUCUGCCGUCAAUAUGCAGCAGCUGGGGCAAGUUCUUCACUCCUAAAGGGGGAUCUGGGUAGCCCAUCACAGCAUCCACUACAGUGCCUCCCAGUUAAUAGAUGCUCAGUUAAAAUGCUUGUUAAGUGACUAUUUGGGGAAAAUUGAGAAAAAGUAGAGAAUGAUGGAGGAGAGAGCAGAGGCAAGAAGACCAACAGGGAGGCCAUGACCCAAAUCCAGCUCUAAGGACGUGGAGUCGAGGUGAUGGAGGCAGAGGUUAGACCAGGGAGGGUGGUAUGCUGACUUAGCAAGGGGUUUGGAGCUCUGCCCAAAUGAGGGAGGGCUCCUUUUUCUGGGCCUGAGUCUUGAAAUAAGUGAAAUGAAAUGAGAACUUUGAGACUCUAAGAGGUUAAAGAGAUAUUUGUUUUUAAACCUUCCCUUGUUCCUCCUUUCAACACAAUGCUAAGGAAGUAACAGUUAAUAUUUAUUGGGGUCUUAUGUAGCAGGCACCGUUGUAAGUGCUACACCUGCACUAAAUCAGUCCUCGAAACCCUAUGAACUGGCACAGUUGUUAUCCCCGUUUUACAGAUAAGGAAACAGUUGACCGUGGGUGUCUGGGCUGGGAUUCAGGCCAGGCUGGCUCUAUAUCUCUAACUGCUACAGUGCUGCCACUUAGCUCUACUGUGUGACAUACUGAAUAGUCAGGUUCUUAAUUCCAAUGCUUAAAACUCACUAGUUGCAUGGAGCGGGGGAGGGGGAAAGUUUGAACAAGCUCCUCUCCAGAGGCCAAGCCGAUGAGUAGGUGUACCUGGCACAGUGGCUGAUGUGCUAGGUGCUCAAUGAAUCGUUAAGAAAUCCCAAAACACAGUUUAGUGGAAAGUCAUGCACUGGGGUUAGUCCAGCUCUUCCACCGGUGGCAUCUUGGAUAAGUCGACCUCUCCUGGGUAAAUUAUCCUUAAGUGGGCUUACUGCACUUUGUCCUGCCUGCUUCUUUGGGUAGUUGGAAGGAUUAAUUGAAACAAGGUCUUGCGCACGCUUGGAUGGCUCAGUCAGUUAAGGUUCUGACUCUUGAUUUCAGCUCAGGUCAUGGUCUCACAGUUUGUGAGUUUAAGCCCCUCCUUGGGCCCUGUGCUGACAGUGUAGAGCCUACUUGGGAUUCUGUCUCCCUCCCUCUGCCCCUCCCCCGUUCGUUUUCUCUCUCUGUCUCUCUCAAAAAAAGAAACAAGGUCUUGUGCAAACUGAAUGUUUUUAUAAACUGUAAAGUGCUAUGGAUCAGCCUGUGGGAGAACUGAUGCGGCAAGCACCCUAGAGCCUCCUCUGGAGACAGUCUCACAAAUGGUCAGGGCCAUCAUCAAGAUGUUACCCAAGAAGGGCCACCCCACAGCCCUCAUCUGCUGAGCUGCACAUCAGAAAGCACGGGUGCAGGAAUGCCUAGCCCCUGCUGAGUUACAUGGGGUUGGGCAGAAAUCACCAUGUAAUUUAAGCCCAUCAUAAUACGUAUACGUCAUGCCCUGUCGGUAAUUCUAGGUUUCUGUUUUAUGUUGAGUAAAUGGGUGGUUUGAAAGUGAUUUCUGAUUCACUGUAUGUAGAGAGGCCUUUGAAACUCUAAAUUACAGUACGUAAAUAUUUGUCAACCGACACUAUAGCAUUUGAACACUGAGGAAUGCUUCAUGAAUGUUCUCUUUUGGUCUUAUCCUCUCACCAACCUUGUGUUAAAUGGCUCCUGCUGAGUUAUUCCCAUUUUACAGAGCAGGAGCUUGAAGCAGAUGUUAAGGGUCUUGCUUAGGUUCAGAUACCUCUUUUUGUGCAGAGAGAGGGCAAGAACCAAAGUAUGUGGUUCAUCUCUCCAGAUCAGCUGUUCUCAGCUUUGUUCCACAACAGUUUAUACAGAGGGUGACAUUCUCCUGAGCAUGCCCAGGGUCAGGAGCCCUUCUGUCCUUUUAGGAAAGUAUUUGAACCUGGAAGGAGGGUUAGUGCCUGUGGGUCUGAUUUGUUUUAACUUGUGUAUUAGGGUGCGAGCUCCGGAAUCAGAAUUGCAUUUGAGUCUGGAUUCUAUUAUUGAAUGGCUAUGUCACCUUGGCAAAUGACGCCUCUCAGUGCCUCAGUUUCCUGAUCUAUAAAAUGGGAACAAUAAUGGUCCUUACAUUGUAGGUUUAUUGUAUUAAAUCAGAUAAUACAACCAAAAUUCUCAUCAUGGGCCCACUAGUUCCUUAAAUGUUAGCCAUUAUGAUAACUAGUGUUUGUUGUGACCUUCACUGCUUUACUGAUUUUAGUGAGGUAAUAUUUAUGAUGCUCUGGAGCUGAAGACCACUGUAUUUAGUCAUGGUGCCUCAACCAAAAUGACAGGUACCCACACUUCGAACUUUGUGUCCUUGGACCUAGAAGGGACCCCCUCUUGGAUUCUUCUCUCACUGCAAAGACUUAUCCUUUAGAUUCUUACACACACGCGCGUGCUUCUCUUGUUCUUUAUGGGUGUUCUAUAUUCAAUCUAUUCCAUCACUCAAUACUUUGUUCGAAGUUGGGGAUUCUCCAUCAGUAGAGGAGUCUAGGUUUUUCUUGAGUACUAGUGACCUUUGAGUAUAGUCAUUCUCAACCUUCUUACCCCCAAAGAUUUUUUCGUCUUCCUCUUCCAUGAACACUACAGUCAGAACAAAAGUAUGGCACGCCCAGAACUUGGAAGUAGAGUUAUCUUAGAAUAAGACUAGUAAGAACUAGUGAACAAUGGGUGAGAUGAAGUCAUUCGAGAAAUUGUACAUUGUGGUUUGGUGUCAGGGUUGGGGGUACUUUUUUUUUAAGUUUAUUUUGAGAGAGAGAGGGAGUGGGAGGUGGGCAAAGAGAGGGAGAGAGAGAGGAGGAGGGAGAAUCCCAAGCAGACUCUGGCUGACAGCAUGCAGCGCAACAACAGGGCUUGAUCCCAGGACCCUGGGAUCAUGAUCUGAGCCAAAAUAAAGAGUCGGACAUUUAACCGACUAAGCCACCCAGGUGCCCUAGGUUGGAGGUACAUUUAAGAGCCAUCAGGUAAAUGAGGCACAAUUAGCUAAGGAAGAAUAAGUGACUGGAACAAUAUAUGAAAUGUGAUUGGAAUCAAGAAUGCCAGGAUCCUGCAAUGGAGAAGAGAGAAUAUGAGAGACCAAGCAUUGUCACUGGGUCCCCAGACCUGCUGGCAGGUGGCAGACUCUAUCUGGCGACUUGACUUUUUAGCAGGUCUUGCGUCGAGGCACUGGAUGCCCCAGUCCAUCACAGCUUGACACCACAGGCCCCAGAGCCUCAUCCACUAAUUCCCCCAUCCCAUUCGACCUUCCUCUGGAUUCCUUGGCUUGUGACUUGGCUUCUGUGACCUUUCUCACCUGGAGAGCAUAUACUGACUGGAACGUUAGAUUUUCAGGCCUCUUGUCAGCUGCAUCUCUAAUGACAAAUUAAUAAACCGACCUCUGGUUUAUAUGUCA